AAGAAGAGUUUGAACACACUGCAGAGGGAGAGCAGCGAUGGGGAACGCGCAGGAGAAGCCCCCCGGCUAUGGAGGAGGGGGAGGUAGAUGGGAUCAGGCCACAGCGGGGAGCGGGACGAGAAGCCGGGGUGGAGGAUGUGAGGAAAAGCCCCCUUCUCACAGUGCUUCAGGGAAGGGGGUGGCCAAUGGCACUCAGAGAGAAAACAGCCCUGGUGGACAAGAGGAGCAGAACAGCCCUGCAGUGGACACAAGUUAUCUGGACGCCCCUGCUGGAGCUCUGCCUCCUCACCUGGCCCGGCUCAAGAAUGCAGGGAACCACCUCUUCAAACAUGGGCAGUUUGCGGACGCCUUGGAGAAGUACACACAGGCCAUUGAUGGAUGUGCUGAAGCAGGUGUUGAUAGUCCAGAAGACCUGUGUAUCCUCUACUCCAACAGAGCAGCCUGUUUCCUGAAGGAUGGAAACAGCUCAGACUGCAUACAGGACUGUACCAAGGCUUUGGAGCUGCAGCCCUUCUCCUUGAAGCCUCUGUUGCGCAGAGCUAUGGCCUAUGAGUCACUGGAGCGCUACAGAAAGGCCUACGUGGAUUAUAAGACCGUCCUGCAGAUUGACACCGGGGUGCAGGCGGCUCACGACAGCGUCCACAGGAUCACCAAGAUGCUUAUCGAGCAGGACGGACCUGAGUGGAGGGAGAAGCUUCCAGAGAUUCCCUCCGUCCCUCUGUCCGUCCAGCAGCAACACAGAGACAAACCGGUCAGCGCCGAAGUGGCUCAAGCCCGAGCCGCCAGGGCUGUGCAGGAGGAAGCCAGAAGAAAAGACGCCCGCUUCACUUUACUGAAACGAGAAGGCAACGAUCUGGUCAAGACAGGCCACUUCCAAGAGGCUCUGCAGAAGUACAGUGAAUGUCUCACGUUAAAACCCGAUGAAUGUGCUGUCUACACAAACAGAGCCAUUUGCCUCCUGAAACUGAGUCGCUUUGAAGAGGCCAAACAGGACUGUGACUCUGCACUGCAGCUGGAGCCGAGCAACAAGAAAGCUUUCUACAGACGGGCCCUGGCUUAUAAGGGUUUACAGGACUAUCUGUCAGCCAGCAGUGACCUCCAGGAAGUCCUCCAGCUGGACCCUAAAGUUCGGGAGGCCGAGCAGGAGCUGGAAGUGGUGACGAGCUUACUGAGACAGAGCCUGAUGGACAGCAGUGCACACACAGGGAGGGUUUGAUGUUUGCGGAGGAAUAUGGAGGCAGAGGAGUAAAACAGGUGUGGACACAGUGCUGUCGCAGCUAUGGAGGAAAAGGACUCUUAAAGCCAUCAACUGUCGUAAGUAAGACCUGUAAAAAAAAAUGGAAAUGACUGGUGUUGCAUCCAGGGACGGGCUCCCUGGAUAACCAGCUUUCAGCUCUGCACCAUCUGCAACGUGUGCAAACCACACCAUAACUCCUGAGUACACACUACCUUACAUAACAGGCAGCUUUAUUUGAAAAGGCUAACGUCAAGGUACUUGUGACCCGCUUGCACUAUAAAUCAUUCACAUUAUGAUGUAAGGUACUGUACAUACAGACUCAUGUAACAGGCUUUGGAGAGUUGUUUCAUGAUGGAGUAACACAGGGAAAGUUGGAGUGUAUUAUGUGUGCCUUAUUGAGAUUUCUACCACAAUUAGGACAAAGAACGCCAAGAUUAGAAGUUUCACUUUAAAUUGUUAUAAAGAUUUUGUUUGGUUCACUGAGCUCAAGACAAAAAAACACCAUUCACACAAAGACACUAAUUCAAUUCCCAGAAAAAAAGUUUAAAAAGGUGAACGAUAUCUGGCUCUGUCUUUAUGUAUCCACGGUUUCAGUUAUUCCAGCUAUUUCAGGACUUUUGUCUUUGUUUACAUGUAAUAUCAGUUGCUACAUAUGACAAAAUAUAAGCCAACACAUUAUUGACAGCUGCAAAACAACCUCCAAAGUGAGGUGUUUAAGUAUAAUUUAAGAUUUAAAGGGCCAUUUCACCCCCAAAAUAAAAAAUACAUAUUUUUCCUCUUACCUGU